GUUAAAGCUACAGCGGGGCUCGGGGCGGCGAAAUCCCCCGUGGCCGUGUCCUGCGCGCCGCCCGCCGCCCGCCUCCUGCCGCCGUCAGUGUGUCCGCACGCGGGUGCGGGAGCGGAGCGGCGCGGCGCUGCCUCCCCGCCGCCCGCCCCGCCGCCUCUGCCCCGCGGCCGGGCUCGGGCCGGCUCCUCUUCCCGGGGCUCCCCGCCCUCCCUGCCCGCUGCAGUUUAGUUGUUCUCUCCUGCUUUUUCUCUCUUUCCUUUUUCUUUCUUUCUUUCUUUUCUUUCUUUCUUUUUUUUCUCCUCCCACCGGGAAUGCUCAAACUGGACUGAUGGACAUUUCCGAGCUGUGCAUCUCCGACCCGCUCGGCUACCACAACCAGCUGCUUGGCAGAAUGGCCACGGAGGAGCGGCACCUCUCCUCCAGCUGUGGGUCCUUCAUCAAGACGGAGCCCUCCAGCCCAUCUUCUGGCAUCGACGCCAUCAGCCACCACAGCCCGAGUGGCUCCUCCGACGCUAGCGGUGGCUACGGCAUCGCCAUGAGUGGGCAUCCCAAUGGCCUAGACUCACCACCCAUGUUCAAUGGCACAGGGAUUGGCGGUGGGUCCUGCCGUAAGCGUUACGACGACUGCGCCAGCGCCAUCAUGGAGGACUCGCCCACCAAGUGCGAGUACAUGCUCAAUGCAAUCCCCAAGCGGCUGUGCCUGGUGUGCGGGGACAUUGCUUCUGGGUACCACUACGGCGUGGCUUCCUGUGAGGCGUGCAAAGCCUUCUUCAAGAGGACUAUUCAAGGGAAUAUUGAAUACAGCUGCCCGGCCACCAAUGAAUGUGAGAUCACGAAACGGAGGCGCAAGUCCUGUCAGGCCUGUCGCUUCAUGAAAUGCCUCAAAGUGGGGAUGCUAAAAGAAGGUGUUCGUCUGGAUCGAGUCCGUGGAGGCCGUCAGAAAUACAAGAGGAGACUGGAUUCUGAGAGUAGCACUUACCUGAGCUUACAGAUCCCUCCCCCAGCUAAAAAGCCGUUGACUAAGAUCGUCUCCCACUUGCUGGUCGCUGAGCCAGAGAAGAUUUAUGCCAUGCCUGAUCCAACCAUGCCAGAGAGUGACAUCAAAGCCCUGACAACCCUCUGUGACCUGGCAGACAGGGAACUGGUGGUGAUCAUUGGCUGGGCAAAGCACAUCCCAGGGUUCUCCAACCUCUCCCUUGGGGACCAGAUGAGCCUCUUGCAGAGCGCCUGGAUGGAAAUCCUCAUCCUGGGCAUUGUGUACCGCUCCCUGCCAUAUGAGGACAAGCUUGUCUAUGCUGAGGACUACAUCAUGGAUGAAGAGCACUCUCGUCUGACAGGGCUGCUGGAGCUCUACCUGGCCAUCCUACAACUGGUGCGCCGCUACAAGAAGCUCAAGGUGGAAAAGGAGGAGUUUGUCACGCUCAAAGCUCUGGCCCUUGCCAACUCAGACUCCAUGCACAUAGAGGACAUGGAUGCAGUGCAGAAACUCCAGGACCUUCUCCACGAAGCCCUGCAGGACUACGAGCUGAGUCAGCGCAACGAGGAGCCCCGGCGAGCAGGCAAGCUGCUUCUGACCUUGCCCCUCCUGCGGCAGACGGCCGCCAAAGCUGUGCAGCACUUCUACAGCAUCAAACUGCAAGGCAAGGUUCCCAUGCAUAAACUCUUCCUAGAAAUGCUAGAGGCAAAGGUCUGACAGCCCCAGCGCCAGCCAACAGUGGCCGGGGAACAAACUAGAAACAAAGAUGCAGACAACGGAGCAAUCCAAACAGCAGCAGCAGCCACCGCCGGCUUUUAUCUUCAAUCAUUUAUUAUGGAAGAAUUAUUUAAUGUCUAUCUGUCGGCGUGACUGCAGAAUCUCAUGUACAGGAGGGGGGAAACUCUUUUAAUCAGUCACCUGUUUCUCUUUUUUUGUUUGUUUUCUCUGUGGGAAAUACCAGAAUAUGCUCUUGCACUUGUUGAGGCGGUCACUGGGGCUCAGCCCCUCUGAGCAGUGAUGCUCGCAGCACUAUCCAGGCCGCCUGCUCCCCAGCUCCCUCCGCCAGUGCUGGAGGGGGAGUGGGGACAGAAGCAGGAAGAGAGGAAGAAUAGCGUCAAUACAAACUUUAUCUGCUGGUGUUGUGAGGGGUCAGAUAGAAAGGGAAGCAGCCAGGGUCCUUCUUUUUGUCACCUUCCUGGCUCUAACCAUAGAGCAGAUGCUCCUUUGGAGAAGAGUGCUGCUGGACCUCUCCUGAUGAAAACGGCUGCCUCCCAGGCUCCUCUAGCGACAGCUAACACUUGUACAUACAGGCCCCACUUCUUACCGGGAAAGAUGCUCCUAACUGUGUAAGAUAUUCUGUGACCUUGUACAGUGUGUCAUUACGCCUGGCUAGUCCCUCCUAUGUACAAUCCCCGCAGGCCCCUGAAGAGGUAGGAUGUAUGUCCCUGAGAGAAUGCAAGUCUCCUUUCCCAGAUGGCAAGAAAAAGAGGAGAGCCUCAUGUUAUGCUUCAGUGCUGGGUUGACUUGAUAAUCUCUGCAUCCUCUCCUAUGUGGUGCUAACUACAAUUCUUCCACACUUUUCACCCCGUAGUGUAUCAUCAAACCUGCCUCUUCAGCUCAGCUGAGUGCCAUUCCCCACUUGUUCCUUGUGGCAGAGAACACAAGGCUUUGUCUGCAUGAUUACUGCCCAAGUAUAAAUACACCCCAAACCAGGGCUUUCCUAGACUUCGUUAAAGUGAUAGCUCUUUGCCUCCACAGAGACUUAGGCUUAUUGCCAAAUGCUAGUUAGGAAUCAAGGGCACUGCUUUUUGGAGGAGGCAGCUCUUGAGCCUGAGAGAUUGCUUUUUUGUGGCAGCCUAGGGAAAUAAAUUAGAGGGUGACGUGAAACCCCCAAUAUCCCAACUACUGUCUUCCCCUGCCUCAUCCCAUUACCCUCAACAGCAGCAAAGGAGCUAGCAUAGAUUAUACCUGGGCCUGGUAAGAGGUUCUUUCACUGAUGGGAAAGCAAAUAUUUGACCUUGAGGUGGCGGGAGAAGAAGUGGGGGAAUGUUUAUUUACUCCUUUCCUGUAACCAGGUUCCUGCUGUCUCCAAGCCCUGGUUUAGAUCUGCUGCCUAAGCCGCAACUGCUGCAUUCCCGGUAGCCAGAGGGGAAUGUGGGUGACUGACAAAACUGGCUGUUGGCAUUCUCUGAGAUUUUAUUUUCUAGGUCACUUAGUUUUGAGCCAGCCUGAGCUGAUGAAACCUGAAUGUAUUGUCUGUUUUGUGGUCAGCGGCACAGCAGUAGAGGUGAGAAAAAGCCUCUGAUCUACAUUUGAGACACCACUAGCUGUACUGCCUCUGUUCCCCUCAAGCUUCCAUCCCUUCCUGGCUAGCCCAGGAGAAAGGUGGUGUGGCAGAGGAGUAACUUUCCCCCAGCAGGAAGCCUUCCAAACCAGGGUUGAGGCAUGUGAUCAGGGAGACACUGGGUGCUUGUUUUCUACUGGAGCAGAAUGUGUCACAGCAGAGCUGUCAGUGCUGCAGAACAACACCCAGGCUAGCUCAGAGACUGGGGGCACUAGCUGAUCCUGACCUCUCAGCUCUCACAGCCAGCCCGCUCCUGGUACUUGAGUUAGUUAGUUCAGUUCCAUCUCCUUUGAGUUUUCUCUACACACGCAGUCGUAGCUACUCUCACUCAUUUUGUACUCACUUGAUAAAGGAAUUCAGUCUUGCUUCAGGCACAUUAGUAAACCAACAGAGACCUAAGGAGCAGAAGGCAUGUGGGAGCUGGGACUGCUUCUAUGUUCACAGCGGUAGCAAUUACACAGUGGCCUUGUGCUUUGAACAGAUUCUCAUGCUUCUCUCCACAGCUCCCUCCCAGAGGCAGCUGGGGAGAAAAUGAGAGGCUUUUGGUUGCGCUCAUGAUCCCUGUACCCAUCUGUGAUUCGGACGGACCAAAGUGAAAUGCACACCACCACUACAGAGCCAGCUUGCCAUGUGCUGCACUCUGCUGUGUAAAGGUAGCUGUCCCAAAAUGGGCUGAAAAGAUCCUAAGAAGCAAUUCUUAUUCUGUUGGGCCCUGGCUGGAAAGGUCACUUAC